UAUAUAAUAAUACAUAUAUUUUAGGCCAUGGCAUAGUAUUAAAAUAAAAAUUGCUUUUGUUUGUAUAAACCAAAGACUGAGGGAAAAAAAAAAAAUAGCUGGAGAACUCCUGCAUUUGUAAAAUAUCUUAUCCAGAUGAAGACAGCAGUGAGCAGAACUCUGGGGGAGCGGGAAUUUAUUGCAUUUCUGGUAUCAGGGAAUGUAAAUCUCGAUGGAACCAAGAGGAUUGAUCUAUUGGGAAGGGGGCAAGAGAAAACUAAAGAGAAGAACCCCAAAGAUCCACAGAAGAAUGUCUGAAUAUGCGUGAGAAUUUAUGGAUAUGGAUGAGAAUUUAUGGAUAUGAAUGAGAAUUUAUGGAUAUGGAUGAGAAUUUAUGGAUAUGGAUGAGAAUUUAUGGAUAUGUAGCAGGGUUCUGUUUUUAAGGGACAAUCCUUUGUCAGUGAGGUGAAUGCAGAGACACCCGGCCAUAUCUGUAUACUUUAUUUUUUUUCUCCUAAUUGUUUUUUUUAUUAAACUUUUAAACUCUAUAAAAAUGAUGUGAACCUCGUUUUUCACAGCAGUGAGCGGGGGGUAGCUCGGGAAUGGAUCUUUCCCGGGUGGGAAGUGGAGUUUAGGGCAUUUAGCCACUAUGGAAUUUCAGGUUUAAAGGUGAAAUCCUACCCAACGCCCUGUGGAGGGUUUGUCAGGAGAUCAGUGGUGUCUGCAGGGCUCUGGGAGGGAACAGAAGCGAGCAGGGAUAUCCCUCAGGCAGAUAUCCCUCAUUUGGGAUUUAAACCCCACCAAAUUUAGGGUUUAAAGGCCAAAUCCCAACCACCGCCAGGGCAGAGCGUCCCUGAACGCCGGCAGCAGGAAUUAAACCACACAAAAAGUUCUGUAGCGAGGAGAUGGGACCCGAAUCCCUCUCCCAGAGGGGAUGGGGAGGUGCUGCCAGCCCUCAUCCCGCUCCCGAGGCUGCUGGAACCGAGUGCAUCCCAAAAAUCCGCGGCAGGACAACGCCAGGGGCUGCCCGGGGCAGAUACGGUAUCGGACACCCCAAAGCUGCCCCACGGCACCCGAGCUCGGGAGAACUUUGGGGCUCCUUAUCACAAAGCGGCCACCCCUCCCUGCGGCUGAUAACAGCCCCGGGAUGGGAGGGACCCCCCAAAAACCCGCCGGGGGGAGAGCCAGGCCCCGCUGGCACCGGGAUGGAGCUCGGGAUCACCCCUGGGGUCUGCAGGGCCACACUGAAGCUGCCAGGACCCCGCGGGGACACCCGGGGACACAAAGGGACAGACAGGGAGCUGGCACAGCCCCGAGGUGGGAGCGAGCCCGGGGGACACUGCGGAGCAGCGGGGGGACACCAAGGAGGGACAGCCGGAGGGGACACCAGGUCCUGGAAGGGACACGGGGAGCACCAAGGAGGGACACCAGGUCCCGGGAGUGAUACUGGUGGGGACACCAGGUCCUGGAAGGGACACGGGGAGCACCAAGGAGGGACACCAGGUCCCGGGAGUGAUACUGGUGGGGACACCAGGUCCUGGAAGGGACACGGGGAGCACCAAGGAGGGACACCAGGUCCCGGGAGUGAUACUGGAGGGGACAGCAGGUCCUGGAAGGGACACGGGGAGCACCAAGGAGGGACACCAGGUCCCGGGAGUGAUACUGGAGGGGACACCAGGUCCCGGGAGCGAAACGGGAGGGGACACCAGGUCCUGGAAGGGGCACGGAGGGUAACAAGGAGGGACACCAGGUCCCAUGAGCGACACGGGAGAGGACACCAGGUCCCGGGAGCGACACUGUUGGGAACAGCAGGUCCUAUAAGGGACACGGAGGGCACUCGGGAGGGACACCAGGUCCCAUGAGCGACACGGGAGGGGACAGCACGUCCUGGAAGGGACACGGAGGGCACUCGGGAGGGACACCAGGUCCCGGGAUCAAGACGGGAGCGACACCAGGUCCUCGGACCAACAGCGAGGGACACUUGAGAGGGACAGCAGGUCCUGGAAGGAGCACAGAGGGCAUCUGAAAGGACACCAGGUCCUCGGAUCACCAUGGGGGGCACUCGAAGGGACACCAGGUCCUGGAAGGCACACGGGGGGCACUCGGGAGGGACACCAGGUCCUGGAAGGCACACGGGGGGCACUCGGGAGGGACACCAGUGGGCGCCUGGUCCCGAGGGCUACAAGAAGAGUCCGGCCACCAGCGGGCUCCUGUCGCCACGCUUCUCCUC